AUCAUAUACAAGAUUCUCGAAGCUGUGUUGUUGUUUUUUUGUGUCUCAGAAUUUUCUGUUGGAGUUUUAAUUUAUAAUCUUUCCUGGUGGUGAUUAUUGAUUCUGCUCCUACCAAAUCGAAAUCAUGGUGGAGGAUGGUGGAGAUGAGGUUGCACUUGAUGCACGUUCCACAGAAGAUUGGUUGUUGCAUGCACAGGAACUUGUUCCUUUAGCACUUGAUAAGGCAAGAGAGGUUAAUGGGUUUCCUGGUAGAUGGAAGAUGAUCAUUUCGAAAUUAGAACAGAUCCCAUCAUGUUUAUCAGACUUGUCAAGCCAUCCAUGCUUCUCAAAGAAUGCUCUUUGCAAGGAGCAAUUGCAAGCUGUGUCAAACACACUCAGAGAAGCGAUUGGGUUGGCUGAGUUGUGUAUGAAGGAGAAGUAUGAGGGUAAGCUUAAAAUGCAAAGUGAUCUUGAUGCAUUAACUGGGAAACUGGAUUUGAACUUAAGGGAUUGUGGCCUUUUGAUCAAGACUGGUGUGCUUGGUGAGGCUACUUUGCCAUUGGCUUUGUGUGGUUCUGUGGUGGAAUCGGAUGUUGCAACACACAACAACAUAAGGGAAUUGCUGGCACGCCUUCAGAUCGGUCACCUGGAAGCAAAGCACAAAGCUUUAGACAACCUUGUUGAAGUUAUGAAAGAAGAUGAAAAGAAUGUUUUGGCUGUUAUGAGUCGGAGCAACAUUGCUGCUUUAGUUCAACUGCUUACAGCUACAUCUCCAAGGAUAAGGGAGAAGACAGUUACUGUUAUAUGCUCGCUUGCAGAAUCCGGUAGCUGCGAGAAUUGGCUAGUUUGUGAAGGAGUUCUGCCACCUCUUAUAAGGCUUGUUGAAUCAGGAAGUGCUGUGGGUAAAGAGAAGGCAACAAUAUCCCUUCAGAGGUUGUCAAUGUCAGCAGAAACAGCGCGUUCAAUCGUUGGACAUGGUGGGGUUCAUCCACUGGUUGAGCUUUGUCAAACUGGUGAUUCUGUGUCACAAGCUGCUGCUGCUUGUACUCUGAAGAAUAUAUCAGCUGUUCCUGAGGUUAGACAAGCUUUGGCUGAAGAAGGGAUUGUGAGGGUUAUGACAAAUUUGCUUAACUGUGGCAUUUUGUUAGGUUCCAAAGAGUAUGCAGCAGAAUGCUUGCAGAAUCUCACUGCAAGCAAUGAGAAUCUAAGGAGGAAUGUUAUAUCAGAAGGUGGUGUUAGGAGUCUUUUGGCUUAUCUUGAUGGUCCACUUCCUCAAGAAUCUGCUGUUGGAGCAUUGAGGAAUUUGGUUGGAUCAGUUUCUUGGGAAACUUUGGUUUCUCUUGGUUUCCUUCCCCGUUUGGUUCAUGUGCUAAAGUCUGGAUCCUUGGGUGCUCAACAAGCUGCGGCAUCUGCGCUAUGCCGGGUUUGCGGCUCAACAGAGAUGAAGAAAAUGGUUGGUGAGGCUGGAUGCAUCCCUCUCCUUGUUAAGAUGCUUGAGGCUAAAUCAAACAGUGCUAGAGAGGUUGCUGCACAAGCAAUUGCAAGCUUAAUGAUUCUGUCUCAGAAUUGUAGGGAAGUUAAGAAGGAUGAUAAAAGUGUGCCAAACCUGGUUCAGUUGCUUGAUCCAAGUCCACAUAACACUGCAAAAAAAUAUGCAGUUUCUUGCCUUGGAUCACUUUCUUCAAGUAAGAAAUGUAAGAAGCUAAUGAUCUCAUAUGGAGCAAUUGGUUAUCUGAAGAAACUUACAGAGAUGGACAUUCCAGGAGCUAAAAAGCUACAUGAACGAUUGGAAAGAGGGAAAUUGAGAAGUUUAUUUAGCAAGACAUAGGGGGGAAAAUGUUUCUUUCUUUUUUGUUAUCAUGAAGCAAAAUAGCUAAGACUGUAAACUGGAUUGCUCGAGCUUGCUAAUCUAUGUAUUGUAAUCAAUGUUAAAUUAUAAUAUAAAUAUUUAA